UCUGGUUUGCCGAAAUUAUCGUAACGUUCACACACAGAACAGCAGAUAUCAUGUGACGUCAGAUUGAUUCCAUGAAACUUCGAUCGAUAUAAUUUGAGUUCUAAAGAAAACAAUGGACAUAGCAAAGAUGAUGUCGUUAAAAAGAAAAGUUAUUGCACUGUUGGUGCUUGCUGCAACUCUCUCAAGUAGCACAGCGCAGAGCGUGAAAGUCUUGACAGCGAACCCAGACGGUGCCCAGCGCGGCGACACCUGGGCACAGCUGAACGGCUCCGUGCAGAUCACGAGCGACUCCUCCAUCUGCCUGCGCUUCAGGAUCAGAGUCUUCAGGCUCCUCACUGCCGUGCUCUACCUCUUCGACAUUAGGGACUCUUACAGCGACCCUAUUUCCUUCGAGGUGUACUUCGAAAAGAUUCGGACGAUAUAUGGAGGCUAUGGAAAAUUCUACUCCCUGCCCGACAACCUCGUCACCAACACGUGGUAUCACUACUGUCAGGCACAAGCCUCAUGA